GCAACUGCUCCAAUGUGCUGGAUACCUUUAAGUGUGCUUGUCCCAGAGGUUACACUGGUCCAGUGUGCCAAUACGAUGUGGACAACUGUGACUCUAAUCCCUGCCAGAAUGGAGGGACCUGCUUUGAUCGGGUGGAUGACUUUGUUUGCAGGUGUCCUGAGCAAUUUACAGAUCAGCAUGUCACUGAUAGAAGGACUUUGGUUACAGAUACAACAACUGCUUCAGGAGUAGAUCAUGUUUCCCCCUCAAAAACAGAAAUAACUGACAUACCAUCUGAUGUGACAUCAGAUCAACGUCUUUCAACAACAGAAAUAACUGAAAUGCCAUCCAGUGAUACAGAAGUGACAUCAGGUGAACCUUUCUUGACAACUGAAAUAACCAAAACAACAUCUGGGGAUGGAGAAGUGACAUCAGGAGAAGUGACAUCAGGAGAAGUGACAUCAGGAGAAGUUACAUCAGGUGAACCUUUUUCGACGACCGAAAUAACUGAAACACCAUCUGGGGAUGGAGAAGUGACAUCAGGAGAAGUGACAUCAGGUGAACCUCUUUCAACAACAGAAAUAACUGAAAUGCCAUCUGGUGAUAGAGAAGUGACAUCGGGUGAACCUUUCUCCACAGCUGAAAUAACUGAAACACUAUCUGGGGAUAGAGAAGUGACAUCAGGAGAAGUGACAUCAGGUGAAACUUUCUCAACAAUUGAAAUAACUGAAACACCAUCUGGGGAUAGAGAAGUGACAUCAGGAGAAGUGACAUCGGGUGAAUCUUUCUCAACAACUGAAAUAACUGAAACACCAUCUGGGGAUAGAGAAGUAAUAUCAGGAGAAGUGACAUCAGGUGAACCUUUCUCAACAACUGAAACACCAUCUGGGGAUAGUGAAGGGACAUCAGGAGAAGUUACAUUGGGUGAACCUUUCUCAACAACUGAAAUAACUGAAACACCAUCUGGGGAUAGAGAAGUAACAUCAGGAGAAGUGACAUCAGGUGAACCUUUCUUAACAACUGAAAUAACUGAAACACCAUCUGGGGAUAGAGAAGUGACAUCAGGAGAAGUGACAUCAGGUGAACCUUUGUCAGCAACAGAAAUAACUGAAAUGCCAUCUGGUGAUAGAGAAGUGACAUCGGGUGAACCUUUCUCCACAGCUGAAAUAACUGAAACACCAUCUGGGGAUAGAGAAGUGACAUUAGGAGAAGCAACAUCGGGUGAACCUUUCUCAGCAACUGAAAUAACUGAAACACCAUCUGGGGAUAGAGAAGUGACAUCAGGUGAAGUGACAUCAGGUGAACCUCUUUCAACAACAGAAAUAACUGAAAUGCCAUCUGGUGAUAGAGAAGUGACAUCGGGUGAACCUUUCUCCACAGCUGAAAUAACUGAAACACUAUCUGGGGAUAGAGAAGUGACAUCAGGAGAAGUGACAUCAGGUGAAACUUUCUCGACCAUUGAAAUAACUGAAACACCAUCUGGGGAUAGAGAAGUGACAUCAGGUGAAGAGACACCAGGUGAACCUCUUUCAACAACAGAAAUAACUGAAAUGCCAUCUGGUGAUAGAGAAGUGACAUUGGGUGAACCUCUCUCCACAACCAAAAUAACUGAAACACCAUCUGGGGAUAGAGAAGUGACAUCAGGAGAAGUAACAUCAGGUGAAACUUUCUUGACAACUGAAAUAACUGAAACACCAUCUGGGGAUAGAGAAGUGACAUUAGGAGAAGUGACAGGUGAACCUUUCUCAACAACUGAAAUAACUGAAACACCAUCUGGGGAUAGAGAAGUGACAUCAGGAGAAGUGACAUCAGGUGAACCUUUCUCUACAACUGAAAUCACUGAAACACCAUCUGGGGAUAGAGAAGUAACAUCAGGAGAAGUGUCAUCAGGCGAACCUUUUUCGACAACUGAAAUAACUGAAACAGCAUCCGGGGAUAAAGAAGUAACAUUAGUGACAUCAGGAGAAGUGACGUCAGGUGAAGCUCUCUCAGCAACAGAGUUAACUGAAACACCAUCUGGUGAUAGAGAAGUGACAUCGGGUGAACCUUUCUCAACAACUGAAAUAACAAAAACACUAUCUGGUGAUAGAGAAGUGACAUCAGGAGAAGUGACAUCAGGUGAAGCUCUCUCAACAACAGAAUUAACUGAAACACCAUCUGGUGACAGAGAAGUGACAUUAGGUGAAGCUCUCUCAACAACAGAAUUAACUGAAACACCAUCUGGUGACAGAGAAGUGACAUCAGUGAUACAAGUGAAGAAGAAAAAGAAGACUGUGUCACAGGUAUCAUUACUAGUCAUUCAUUUGAAUUCCAACCUUCCCUAUCUCUUUAGUUUUUACUAG